GCCCCUUUCAUGAAUCUCUCUUAGAUUGAAAUUUCAAGCAAAAAUGGAAUAAAAUUGGAGAUGAAGAAACACAUAUGCAGAAACAUCAACAACCCUUUAUACUCCUUCUACAACACAUUUUUUUCAUGCUACAACAUAUAGACCUUCUCUCCAUUCAUUCACAUAAAAAACUUCAUAAAUCCUCUCAUAUUUCUCCAUCCUCCAUCAACAUGAAAAACACCAAUCUACAUACUCCAUUAUCCUCUGCACACUUCUAACCUCACAUCAACUUCUUUCAUUUUCAUUCAUCUUCACUACACCAUAAAAACACACUCUUUUCGUAUACAAAACAACCUUCUCUUUACCAAAAUAAAUCCAACAUACUCCUUCUUCUUUUAUUACUUUAUCUCCUUAUUUUUCUUCAUGUAGUGUCACCACCACCAUUACUACUACACACUCCAACUUUCUCUUUACUUUUCUAAGAGAAACCAAUCAUUUCCAAACCAACCAUCUCACUAUAUUAUAUGAACCAAACUCAUAACAUGCUACCAUCUUGUUAACCUCCACAAACUUUCAUCAUCUUUCACAAAAAUAAAUGAACUUCUACUAUAACUUUCACAAACCAUAAACUUGUUCUUUUCAUCAACUUUAUUACAAAGCUCACCAUAAAACACCAUUUAUCUCUUUCACAAAAGCAUACAAAUAACCUUUUCUUCUAACUACACAAAUAUCACUUACUCUUUAUACCAUAAACAACUUCAAAACCUCUCAAAUCACCAAACUCCCAACAUAACAAUAAAAAACAAAAUUCAUAAAAACUCCACCUUUCUCAUGUAAACACCAUAUCACCGUGAACAUCUCACUUCAACACCUUCACAAACUUCACUCUCAUACAUCAACACAACUACCACUCAAGAUAAUAAGUCCACCCAUAUUUCAAUAUCCUCUCUCCCACUUAAUGUAAAGAGAACAAAAUAAAAAGUUAAAAUAAUCACAAAGAAAAACCACAACAUAAACUUCACUACCAUCACCACCUCACACAACCUUCGGAACAGUCGCUGCAGCACCGUUUCCAUCAAUUUUAUGUCAGCUCCGGUGACGACGGGCCACCUUAACUCCGUCCGACCCACCACCGUGAACACCAACCGCAUCGCUGCUUCAUCACUUUUGAUCGGUAAAAUGGCUAUUAUGAAGUCAAUUAUUCGUGCAAGAGACAAGAGUGUAAAAUUUGAAGUACAUUGGAGUGCUGAAGACCAACUAAUUUUUUUUCAUCAGGCUUGUGUCUCAAUAGAGGAUGGGUAUCUGCCUAAAGUUACUUUUGUAGUGGUCCAAAAGAGACAUCACACCCGUCUCUUUCCUGUCAACCCCAAAGAGACCGAUAGAAGUGGAAAUAUUAUGCCAGGAACCGUGGUAGACACCAGCAUUUGUCACCCUAGGGAAUUUGAUUUUUACCUUAACAGCCAUGCAGGAAUUCAGGGGACUAGUCGACCAACGCAUUAUCAUGUGCUGUAUGAUGAAAAUAAAUUCACUGCAUACCAGCUACAGAGUUUGACCAAUAACUUGUGCUACACUUAUGCGAGGUGUACUCGAUCUGUCUCAAUAGUUCCUCCUGCCUAUUAUGCACACUUGCUAUUAUUCACCAUUGGUGGAUGGGCGUUAUUUUGUUUAGUAUUGGUUAGAACUACUAGACAGCUUUUGGAUACAGUGGUCACUGGGUGUUGGUUGCUAUGGAUCUUUCGAGACUAAUAGUGUAUUAUCUCGAUUCGUUAUCGGGUGAUUGGAGUAAAUAUCCGAGUAUGAAGAAGACGGUUGACGCUACUUUGAGGAAUACAAAUCUUACUCAAGAGCUCAUUUGGAUGAAAUGAAGGAUGAAUUGUGUCAAUUCAUUGUUGAUCAAAGAAUCAUAUAGCUAGGUUGUAUAUUGUUGUACAUAUAUGUAUGGAAUGUUGUUG